UCUGCUGUACCCUGGGCACUUUGAGCCUCUCCACAAGUAUAGUUAUUAAAUCAAACAACAACUUACCUCUGUGUAGUUAAAGGCUAAUGCACAACGCAACGGUUACACUCUGUAUUCUCCAUUUUUUGAUCAUGCAAAGUGCAUCUAAGUGCAUUCAUAUAUUUAAAUUGCAUUGGUUUAUCAUGUUGGUGGUGGUAGCUGGAGCAAGAUUAGACAUAUUGUAAAACUUCAAUUAAUAACCUGGGCUAUUAUUCGCUUAAAUCACUGAAAUCAGUGUGUCUAUGUUUGGGACAGGCCUUAAAUUCCUUUCACACAAAACUGUUGCUCAGCAAAGAUCAGGAAACACAAUCAAACUGUUCAACCAGAAGGCUUCAGAUAAUAUAUCAAUUAUGAAUCAUUAAUGUGAUCUAGCUCCAACAGACAGCACAUCACAAAGAGAGUGAGUUACGGCACUUUAGGAUUACAGCACCCAGCAUACAGACGGAGCACCACUUUGAUAUCCUAAUAUUUAUAUUUAUGAUUUUGGUCUAGUGAUUUUAUUAACUUUUAUUGUAUAUCACUGAAUUGUUUGAUUGUAUGAUCUGUGGAUACAUUGCUUCUUGUUUUUUACUGUCUUGUAAGGUGUCCUUGAGUGUUCUGAAAGACGCCUAUAAUAAAAUCUAUUAUUAUUUAUCCUGUUAGAAUAAUCCUCACAACUUGGAUUAUUUUUUUAUGAAAAACCCUUUUGAUUCUUUCAAUUUGAAGACCCUUAUGGACCAAAGGAAUGUGAAUAACUUACAGGGUAACCAAGCACGGACACAUGAUUUAAGGUAGCCGACAACCAGAGUUUAUUUACAUCGAAAGAACUUCUAUUAAAAGACUAUUAUUGUGACAGGCCUUUUUCUGUCAAAAUGUGUAGCCACACCGGGUGAGUAAAAGGGACUGGGAGUUUAAUUGAGACUCGGCUUUUAAUUGAAGCUUUACGGUAAUCCACUUUAACGCCACUGCUCAUAGUGACUGCAGGUUAAACAAGGGCAGUUUAGUGUAGUUAAGAUAUUUAUAAAAAUGAAUCAAUACACAUGAUAAAUUCUGAUCAACAUGGAGAAUGUGCACUUUGAACAGAUGCAACUUGAUAUCUACAGGCAUCCUGUCCUCAUGACCUACUUUAAGGUGCUACACAGCAUCUGAUACUGUGUAAUUACCCCCACCAUGCCCGCUCGGUUGAUUGAACACCACUAAUAUUAAUUUGAGAACAUUUAUGAUUAAAAACCAAUCCCAUAUUUGACAUUAUAUUGACUGAUUUUAUGAUAAAAAUGAAACCAACGUUUGUUUAAAGGUAUACUAUGCAGGAUUUUGCUUAAAAAAGAACAAUGUAUAGACAGAAAUAAUCCCUCUCAGUCAUCACUUAUAACCCACCAGAAGUAUGUGGCGUGUAUUUUUCUGCAGUGAAUCUACCUUCUACCUGUUUUUGGGAUGGUUAAGGGCGUGUAACUCCACAGCACUCAGGUGAAGUUGGGGCUUUAUAAAAAGACCGUAAGCAGCACACAUCAAAGAGACAUAGCGCCAAAACAUGCAAAUAAAGCGUGGCUAAACACCAAACAAGAGUAAUCCUGAUAUCGCCUUUUACUUUCACUCGGCUGGCGCGUGUGUUUACACACCGUAACCAGCAAUCCUGCAUAAUAUACUUUUAAACUAAUUAAUAGCUGCACGCCUUUGUGACUGUCUGCUCAUAAAGAAACUAAAACAGAAAUUAAAAAACUCAAUGGUGAAAGUACGGUGAGUAUUGGGCAAGAGCAUGGUUUUGUUUUAGCACUAAAUGUAGACCGAAAAACUGUCAACUUUCUUGUGGUAAUAAUUCCAAGUCAUGAUUUGCAGAAUUGUGACAGCACAGAUGGUUAAAUGUAACAGGGACGCCACUAGUGUAAGUAGAGCGGGUAAAAUACAAAUAAUCAGUUAUGUACACACCUGCAUUUAACCAAAAGCGAGGCAUCUGCUGUCUAAUGUGGUUUUUCAUGCAACACUACUGUGCCUUUUUAUGUUCUGUCUGCACCUCUUGUUGAAUGAACAUUUGGUAGGCUACUUGCAGAGAUAGCCGCAGACACUGAAUUCAUACUGUGCAGAAUACAGUGUGAGAUAUAGCAGAACUGCUGCAGGGUUAAAUGGGUCAAGUGUAUAAUGUUGUCAUAAACUGGGUCACUAUCAAAGUAGUGCUGUGAAAUAAGAAUCGCCUGCCUUUAUGUUACUGCUAACUCACCUUUCAUAACCAGCUGUAUGCGAAGACAGUAAGAAUGUUGAGUAACAGUAAUGUAACUCUUGCUUCCUUGUAAAGACGAAACUAAUGAUAAAAAGAAUUGGCAUUCAUGCAACAACUCUGGUUGUGCUGCAGUCCAGCAGAACCAUAUCAUGGUAAGUUAUUACAAAAUAUAAAAGAUUGCAUAUGUUAAGUAACAUGUUUAUGUGGCUUAAGUAGAAAUUUCCUGGAGAGAGGUACCCUGAAUAAUUUAUUUUGUAUUUUACCUUUAAUAAACAGAAAAAGUAACCAGACAUUGAAUUAUAUGUUGGCCACUUUGCUCACUUCAACUGAGGGGCUAAAUUGGCUCAGAAUAAUAAGAAAACUUUGGGAGGUAAGUGGCAGCAUGAAUAAGAAAGUAGUGAUCACUAAAAAUUAAAGUGUUUUAAAGUAAAAAAUAUAAAAAUCCUCUAUUAUAGUUAAUAUUCCCACUUAAAAAAAAAUCAAAAAAAAAAAAUCCGACCAGUAAAAGAGCAGUGCGCAUCAAGGUGGCUAAUGUUAGAGGAAACAUCAGAGAGAUUCAGCCGUACAUGUUUGAACCUCAGUCAGAACCAGACUCAGAUGAGGAGUCUAUUAUGCAUCCAUAUCGGCAAAUUACAGAUGAAUCAGAAUGGUAAGUGUAGUCAGCAUCUUGUAACUGACUACACUUACCAUUCUGAUUUGUCUGUAAUUUGCCGAUAUGAAUGGUAAGUGUAGUCAGCAUCUUGUAACUGGCGCUGGUAACACAGCGUCUGCCAGCAGUCUACUCAAAGUUUGCAGAAAGAUAUAUUCCGUCUGCCUGAGAUAUUUAUAUUGCUUGUGUUAAGUGCGAUGUAUGAUUGGCUUUUGAAUUAGUGACGUAUGUUUUUCUAUCUUGCCUAGCGUACGUUUAAGUCUCAGACUUUAGGGAAGUGCACAGACAUCGCCCCCUUCAAGAGAAGAAUGUGACAUCAUCUCUCUAUUGACAAACUGCACAGAUACAAGUCCAUAUAGUCAAGGAACGUCUUGACUGAACACGGAUGAGGAAACUUGCUUAGAUGAAGGAUAAUGUCCACGCAGUAACUCUCAAAGGAAACAAGAAGUCGUCAUUUGAACUGCUUCUCAAUAAAAACUAUUCUAAGCAAUUUUGAAAGUAGGUGGAACUCAUCUACCUGUCUAAAAGACAUUUUUACCCUUUGAUCAUAAACUCAUCUUCCCGGCCACGCCACUCAUUUUGGAAGUAGAGUGUGGGCAGUGGAUAAUCACCAGGGAGUAGCAGCACCAGAAGUAAACUAUCUGGAGAGACGAACUUAAGAUAUAAGACAUUCAAGUAGUUCUGGAAUAAGUAGUAGCAUAGCCUCACCCUUAGGGUAAAGUUUGUCUUUCACCAGUCAGUGGUGGGAUUAUUGUUGCCACUCCUAGCACUGGAGGUUCGGCCCCUGCACCCCCAUGUGCCAGUGAGUGGGAAAUGUUCCAAUUUGGAAAAUACAAUCUGGACAUUAUAGAGAUGUUAAGUGGGCAUCAGGCCCACCAGUUUAAAGGCCUUGGUUUAGAUCGACAACUUCAGCAUCAACAGCAAGUGCAACUUCACCAGCAUCAACUCCAGCAGCAGCAGCAGCAGCAGGCUGAGUCUUCUGGAGCUCUUCUGUCUGGACUUGGCUUGGGCCCCCUGCAGGGGUCAAGAGGUAACGCCUUUUCUGAUUCUGCCUCCAUUUUUGCCAAGAUGAGUGCCCCUCCUCCCCCACCUUUACAACAACAGCCUUCCUCAUCUCAGAGCUCUCGUUCAAAGUCAAGCAAGAUGAGCAGCAGCAGCUCAAGCCAUUCAUCAGGCUACCCACAGUUCCUGCGCUCUUUCCACCCGUCUGAGGCAGCACUAGCACAGGAGCAGUUACACCCAGGUGUAGGUCGCUUUGAGCACUUUGCUGGGGGAAGUAGCAGUAGUGGGAGUGCUGGGGGAUUAGGAGGAUUAGUAACAUCAGCACCUCCACCCCCUCCUCCUCUGCAUCCCGGCCUCUCUGUCCCCCAGGCAUCAUCUGGUCCCUCCUCUUCCUCUCCUUCCCCUUCAACAUCUGUGGCCACCUCUAAUAACCCCUCUAGCAGCAGUGCAGUCAGCUCAUUGGGACACCAGUUGGUUGGGGCCCAGUCUGAUGCACGAAGCCUUCACCAACAAUUUAGUUGCAUGUUAGCCGCUAAUCAGUAUUUUCUUUCUGGGGUGCCUGCUAACGCUAGUUUAGAGCAAUUUCUCGUUCAACAGGGAACCCAUAACCACUUAGGGAUUGGUUUAAGUCAGACAGGCGCAGAGCCUAGCACUAGCCUUGCUCCGCCUCCCGCUUUGCAUUCUUCUCACUCACACAGCCACUCCACUCCCCAGCCACAGCAGGCCACGCAGCAGCCACCCCAGCAGCAACAGCUUCCACCUCACACCCUUUCUCAUCCUCACUCUCAUUCUCAUCACCACCCGCUCCACCCAGGCUCCCAGCCCUCAUCACUGGGUGGCUUUGACUUCCAGGGCAUCCCUGUACUCUCAUCGAAUCAGAUAGCUUCUCUGAUGCAGCAGGAAGCAGGUUUGCCACUCCCCUUGCCACUUCAUUUAUCCUUAUCUAAAGAUGACGGUAAAGGGGAAAGCAGUGGAGGUGGGAGCAGUAGUAGUAGUGGUGGUGGCAGUAGCAGUAGGAGGAAGAAAGCUAUGGCUGGGUAUUUGCCGCAGAGAAAAUCUGAAAGCGAUAGGACUAGCAGCAGCGGGCAUGGCCAUGGCAGCCAUAGUGGUAAUCCCACCACUAGUAGUAAUGGCGGAGGGCUUAGUCAUGGUCAGCCGCCAGCUUUAAUUGGGAGUGGGGUUGGUAUGUCAAAUUUGAGUGGAGACCCAUCCUCCCUUCUUGCCUCAUCAUCCUCAUCCUCAUCAGUAGUUUCUUCCUCCUCCUCCUCUGCUCCCUCUUCCACUGCUGCCUCAGUACUGGUUACUAAUGAUUCUCACCUUUCUAAAUCUGAUAACCAGAGCUCAAUGCAACCCAACAACACUGAGUGUGAUUCAGAGCCCCUUUAUAGCUGUGGAGAGUGUGGCAAAAGCUUCCCUCACCUUUCAAGCCUUCGCAGGCAUUUGCGCAUGCAUGAGCCAACCACAGCAGGUACUAGCAAUUCUUCCACUACUGGCCCCAACCCCAUUCACAUAAAAACACAGUCAGACCCGAGCCUCCCCCAUUCGACUCAAGAAACGCCCCAGUCCUCAACCAAUUCUUGUCCUAGCCCAGACAAAAUAUUUCAUUGCCCCGAUUGUGGCAAAGGCUUUAAGAAAAAAGGGCACCUCCUGCAACAUGGUGUUUUACACUCUUCAGCCCGCCCAUAUGGCUGCUCCACCUGUUCUCGGGCUUUUAAUCGUAGAGAGUCACUGACACGCCAUGAGAAGAUACAUGAGGAAAAGCCAUUCCGAUGUCCCGCCUGUGGUCGUGCCUUCCGUGAGAGCACCUCUCUACUCAACCAUGCUGCCUCAGGCACCUGCGGCAAGCCAGGUAGGGGACCCAAACAAAGGGGCAGCAAGACAGGAUCUGAUGGUGAGGACAGAGUCGGGGGAGGGGAUGGAGGAGGUAAUGGAGGAGGGGGAACUUAUCAGAGCAAUAGAGGGGUUAUUUAUGGGAAAACUGAGGAAGAAGAUGGUGUAAUCAUUGUGGGGGAAGGAGAACCAAAAUCAGGUUUAGGAUGUGAUGGUCUGUUUCAGUCUGGAAGGGGAGGGAAUUCAAAUGACAGGGACAGAACAGAUGCUAAAUACCCCACUGACUACUCUCGGAAUCGUUACACAGGCUACCACGAUGACCAUCGUUCUCAAGGUAAUCCAUCUCCAUGCUACUCUGGUGCCUCCCCCUGUGGAAGUGGGAUGGCGGGCCCAGCUCUGAGAAAGGCACCCUUGGCUCCAACACUGCAUCCACACUCACAGAGCCACAACCAGCACCACCAUCCGCAGCAACAGCCCCACCUGCCCCUUUCUUCUCUACUGGAUGACUCAGAGGAUGAUGUCACUAGCUCUGUCAAUAAUGCAAUCUCUGCUAUAACAGCAGCUAAUAACAGUGGAAAUAGAGGGGAUGAUAGGGGAGACAUCAUAGGAGGUCUUCUAGGUGGUCUUGGUUUAGGUCCUCUGGGCUCACCUUCAUCUACAUCUGGUAUGGAUAAGAAUUUCAGAGGUGGUGGGAGCCAGGAGGCAAUGAGCAGCAACCCGCAGAAUCCUACUGCCAAACCAAAACGUCCUCGCAAACCCAGAGCUAAGAAGGAUCCUGCAGCUGGCGGACAGCCCCCCAAACGUAGGCAAUACACCCCCAGAAUGGGGCCCAGCGGCCUCCCACGCACUCACCUCUGCAGCGUCUGCGGUAAGGGAUUUGCACGUCGCGAGACCCUGCGCAGGCACGACCGCAUCCAUACUGGAGAGAAGCCCCAUCACUGCACUGUUUGUGGAAAGUAUUUCAGAGAGGCUUUUCACCUCAGCAAGCAUCAAACAGUCCACUCCGGGGCAAAGAAUUAUAAAUGCAGCAUCUGUGGGAAAGAGUUUGGUUACUCCCAGAGCCUCAGGAGGCACAGCAAACUCCACCAGAAAGGGGAGAUGGAAGAGGUGCCCACAACACCAGCUCCGGAGAACCUCAACAGCUUUAACCCAAACCCUCAAUGUAGCGUGGCCCAAGACAGGAGCCAGAACCAAGCACCAAGCACCUCCUCCUAUUACUCCUACCCUCAAGACGUCAAGCCACAAGACACCAACCCCCAGCCACAACCUCCACCCCCACCCCAGCCGCAGCCCCCACCUCCGCCUCGACUCUACACCUGUGCUAUAUGUUGGAAGUCCUUCCGCCACCACUUCCAUCUGACCGCCCAUCACCAGACGGUUCAUGAAGGCGGGGGCGAAAAGCUCUUCUGCUGUGAGGUGUGUGGGAAAGCUUUUGCUUACUCCAACAGCCUCACUCGACACAGGCAGUCACAGCAUGGGAUGACCCGCGCUGAACAGCCUAACCCGCAAGAAGGCAGCAGCGGGUCUGGAGACAACAGAGGUGGAAGCGAUGUUAAUCAGUCAACCUCAGAGAGCGAGGCUGCCACCAACGCCCUGCUACAGAUGGCGCCUUCCACAGAAGGCCAUGGAGGGCAGAGUCUUAGCGUCGUCACUCAUAGCCACCAACAGCCACCUCCGCAACCACCAGCUGGUUACUCCCCCCUCUUUUAUGAUGCAGCAGCCCAAUCUUCAGCCUCUAACGCUCCAGCUUACUCGCAGCCUCUGCCUCCAAACUCCACGAUCAUGGCCCCCCAGCACCCGCAUUCCCCGGCCGGGGUGAAAGGAGAGCACAUAUAUCCAGCUGGAUCCCGUAGCCGCACCCUCCACACAACAGCCCCGUUCCAGCCCCUCACGGAACUGCCCUCCACUGAACAUCAUCAUCUGCAUCUUCAUCAUCACACCUCCCACCAUCAUCUCCAUCAUCAGUCAGGUACCCAGCCCCAGCAACACCUCGACUGCAGCAUCCAGGUAACACACGAUGAAAUGAGACGACACAAGAAGAAAAAAAAAAAGUCCAACAGGAGAGAUUGGAGGGAAAAUAAGUGGGAAUCCCAAGAUUUAGUCAGAUUCGAUGGAAGCAGAAAGAAGAGAAAGAUAAGCUGUACAAUAAGAGGGCAGUUGAAUAAAAAACAAGGCUCUCUUCGUUUGACAAUUAGGCGAGGAGGAGGAUCAGGCGGUGGUGGGUAUAAGCUUGUCAACACUGGGGGAAUGAAGGUGCAGAUCCUGUCGUCUCUCAAAGUCCCUGUGAAACGUUUUGGCUGUCCCAUAUGCCCCAAUUCUGUGUUUUCCCGUAAAGCGGGACUGCUCAUCCAUAUGGCAGUUAAACACCCACAGAAAGCCUCAACCACUCAGGAGCGACUAAGGUGCAGUGUAUGUGGGAAGCAGUCUCACAGGCCUCUGGCAGCCUUCAUCCAUCGGGCAUCUCACCGUGCCAGAGGGACUUUCUCCUGCCGGCGCUGCUCCACUCGCUUCUGGAAUGCCACGCUGCUCUACAGGCACAAAGUGUCCUGCCGCCGCAGGGCUAAAGGACUGCAGCGAGGAGACGCCAACAGGCUGAAGCUUUCAAAGAGACCAGGAGAGAAACAGACCCGAGAUGGUCAGGGGGAGAUGCCAUACCUACAGGGACCAUACAGAUACUGAGCAUCCUGGUAGCUAAAAAAACGUGGCGUACCAGAGGGAUAUCUCAGUUCUAAAAUGGGAAGGUGAGGAAUAAAAAAGGGACUUGAAAAGGCUUUUUCUGCCUUUUAGGAGAAUUUGCCUCAUGUCUCUGUUGACAUCUACUCUGAUGACUAUUAGAAUGAGUGUGUUAACAACUACUGUAGAGCAUCCUAUAAAAUAUCACCAGAAACCCUUCCAGAUUAUACUGGAAGGUGUUUUCAAAGACGUGACUGUUUCCAUAGGUUCAUUAACCCCUUAAGUGCAUUGACACUAUGCUUGGCUGACACUGUGCAGUUACUAGACAAGUUUAGGUGAAAUGACCUGCUAAUGUAUCUCUCUCCCCCAUAACUAGAAUCCCCUGCUACACCUCUUUGCUGUAUGAUAAACGUCUCUGCUGUGUACUUUGUCUUGUUGUUGUUCACUUAGAGGCUCUGAGGAUUUUUUUAAAAAUGUAAAGUGCAUUUAUUAGGAGUAGGGACACGGGGACAAAGACCUUUGUUGAUAGUUUGUCAGUGCAUGUUUGUUCUCUGGUCAAGUUUUUUGCUGAGGUUGUGAAAUCACUCCUACAGUAUGUGAUGGUUUAUUCAGUAUAUCCCCAGAAGUUUGUAGUGUUAAACUUGAUUUGAAGGUUGCUCUAUAUUCCCUAGUGAUUGAAUCACAUAUAGAUAAAAAUGUCAAAGUUGCUGGUAAUUAGCAUUUCAAGGAUCCCUCUCCUGCCAAAAUGAAGAAACUUACAAAAAGCCUUGCGUAGUAUGUUCACCUUACUUCAUUUAUUUGAGAUAUUCCUAGCUUUUAUACCAAGAGAUUGAAAAACAGGUUAAACAAGUGGACUGUAACACAUGUUUAUCUCAUGUUAUUUGUAUGCUCUUUUUAGCAGUGAUUAUUUCUACAGUACUUCACGGUGUGUUAAAGACAAGGACCUAUCAUGAUAGAAACAAAUGUAAUAUUCCAUGUAUUUAUGUGUGUAACCCAAUCAGUCUCCAUGCCAAUCUUAUACUUAACCCCUUCUACCUUUUACUUUUUGCUGAGUUGCAAUCAUAUUCUUACUGUCACGCCUUGUUUUUUUUUUCUUCUAAAGAAAAAUAAGUUUAAAGUACAUUUUUGUCACUUUAUUCACAUAUGAAAUGUUCAUACCCCUGUCAAGCCUUGCUUUUUUUUUCUUCUAAAGAAAAAUGAUAGUUUUAGUAGAUUUCUAUCACAUUAUUUACUGAGAAGUCAGUAGUUGAUUAUAUUUCAGCAAUGAAUAAACCUUAAGUGUAAUCA